AUGAACCACUUCAGAGUAUUCACUGCACUGGCAGCAUUCUGCGCAUGCGGAGCCCUGGCCGCGCCGGCGGGACAACACCACACGGUCGUACCGAUCCUGAAACAGGUGAACCGACAGAACGAGGACGGUUCUUACAGCUACGGUUACGAGAACGCCGACGGAACUUACAAGAUCGAGACCAAGUACCCGUCCGGCGAGGUGUACGGCAAGUACGGUUACGUGGACGAGACCGGAAAAUUGAGGACGGUCGAGUACGGCGCGUCGGCUCGCGGUUUCGAGCCGGUCGGCACCGACAUCACCGUGCCGCCACCUGUUUUGGGCGUCGACUCCAACGAUCUGCACAGGGACCAGUCUGCGCGGUCGCAGGACGACUACGACGACGGACAGUACCGCGAAGACCCGAGCGUUUACUACAAAACGUCGUCGUCGUCGUCGUCGGACGGCCACCACCAGCAGCUGAGCCACCACCAGCAACAGCAACAGCACCACCAGCAGCAACUGCAGCACCACCAGCAGCAGCAGCAACAGCAACUGCGAUCCCUGCAGCAGCAGGCGCCCGUCGCGGCCAGACAGCAGCAGUGGUUCUCCGCUGGCCCGCAGCAGAAGACCCGAUCCGACCCCGACCAGUUCCAGGCCCAUCCGUCCGUGCACAACUUCGAUCCCGCAUCCGGAUCGUUCUCCAUCUCGUACACGGGAAAGUGA